CUAGUAUUUAUAAAUAAUAGAUUUAAUGAGUUCACAGUGUGCAGGCAUUGUGUCACUUCAGUUCUUCCAAACUGUCCCAUUUAUUGCUCACAGCAAUCCUGUUUCUAAAAGCUUCCUGAGUUGUUAGGUUUAGUUAUACUGUCUUUAAGUAAGUUGUGCUAUUUGUAUCAAAUGGAAUGAAUUUUACACAGUGGAAUUAUCUUAGUGGGUAAUACAGUCUUUCUUUCAAAUUUUAGAAUUGGUAUUUUUGAUACUUCAUGGGAACAGGGUCAUUGAAGGCUCAGUAUAUUUAGGUGUUCAGUGCUUUGAAUCUAUGAGAUAGGUAUUAUUUCAAUUUUGUACCAUUGAAGAUACUAAGUCUAGGAUUAAUUUGUUAAAUGGUGGAGCUGGGAUUGAUGCUCUGGUCUGACUUUAAAGCCAUGUUCUUUCUGGUAUAUAGGCCUGUUCCUGAAAUUUCCUACCAUUUUAUUAAUAUGAAAGUGUAUCCAGAAAGAUGACUUUUGCCUUAAACAAAUAAAGACAUUUUAUGUUUAUUUAUAAAAAGGGAUUUGAGAGGAAAGUUUUUAAAAAAACACUUGAACAUUAGAAAAUGAAAAGGCUUGCUUGAAAGGAUACUGGUCAGAAGACCUCGGUUAAGGUCACUGCUACCUCUCCUUAAUAGAGUGGAUCUAAUUUCUCUUAAAUGUGUGGUUUUUUCCAUUUUUCUUCUGUUUUCUCUUUUGUAAGAGGGAAAUAUUGAUGUGACACUUACUGCAGGAAUAUUUUUAUGAUGAAUUAAAAUAUGUGAAAUUCCUUGAUAUUUUUAAGACUAAAUGAGAUGAUUUUUAUUAAUUAUGUUUGUUGCUUUAGGGGAGCUAAGGAGUAAACUGAAACCAAUUCCAUGAACAGUCACUUUUAUUACCUGGAGAGUGAUUAUACUGCAAUUUAUCCUAAUUUUAAUAUGAUAAUUUCUACAUGUUCUUUUAAAUUACUUGUUGAAUUGGAAGAAGGUAGAUAAUGACUAUAAUGCUCUUCAAGAAAGACUCAGUACAUUGCCUGAUAAGUUGUCUUAUAAUAUCAUGGUACCAUUUGGCCCCUUUGCCUUCAUGCCAGGAAAACUCGUCCAUACUAAUGAAGUCACUGUUUUACUUGGGGACAAUUGGUUUGCAAAAUGUUCAGCAAAGCAGGCUGUUGGCUUGGUUGAGCACCGGAAAGAACAUGUAAGAAAAACGAUAGAUGAUUUAAAAAAAGUGAUGAAAAAUUUUGAAUCCAGAGUUGAAUUCACAGAAGAUUUGCAGAAAAUGAGUGAUGCUGCAGGUGAUAUUGUUGACAUAAGAGAAGAAAUUAAAACUGACUUUGAAUUUAAGGCAAAACAUCGAAUUGCUCAUAAACCUCACUCCAAACCAAAAACUUCAGAUAUUUUUGAAGCAGAAUUUGCAAAUGAUCUAAAAUCCAAGGAUCUGCUUGCUGAUAAGGAACUGUGGGAUCGACUUGAAGAACUAGAGAGACAAGAAGAAUUGCUGGGUGAAAUUGAUAUUGAUAGUAGUAAGCCUGAUACUGUGAUUGCAAAUGGAGAAGAUGUGUCCUCUGAAGAAGAAAAGGAAGAUCAGAACAUAAAUGUGAAUAUGAUGCAUCAAGUAACAGACUCUCUCACCCUCAGCAAUUGUUAUAACAGUCUUACAAAUUCAGAACUCUUCAAUGGUCAAGUGAAUAGUCCAUUGAACUAUUCAGUGAAUGGUUCAAAUUCUUACCACAGUAAUGAAGAUGAUAAUGAUGAUGGUGGUGAUAAUGAAAAUGACCAUGAUACCUUAGGGGUUGAAGAUAAUUCUAUACCAACAAUAUAUUUUUCUCACACUGUCGAACCUAAGAGGGUCCGUAUAAAUACUGGAAAAAAUACCACCUUAAAAUUCAGUGAAAAAAAAGAAGAAGCCAAGCGUAAGCGAAAGAACAGUUCUGGCAGUGGUCAUUCUCCCCAAGAGCUGCCUAUGAUCAGGACUCCUGCUGACAUUUACAGGGUCUUUGUUGAUAUUGUGAAUGGAGAAUAUGUCCCUCGUAAGUCAAUCCUGAAGUCUCGAAGUAGAGAGAACAGUGUUUGCAGUGAUACCAGUGAAAGCAGUGCUGCUGAUUUUGAUGAUAGACGGGGAGUUUUGAGAAGCAUUAGCUGCGAAGAGGCUACUUGUAGUGAUGCUAGUGAGAGCAUUUUGGAAGAGGAACAACAAGAAAAUCAUCAAAAGAAACCUUUGCCUUUAUCAGUAACACCUGAGGCUUUUUCUGGAACUGUAAUAGAAAAAGAGUUUUUGUCACCCUCCUUAAUACCACACCCAGCCAUGGCUCAUCCUGUGCUGCCCACCAUUCCAGAACGAAAAGAAGUUCUCUCAGAAGUAUCAGAAGGAACUACAAAGAGGGUUUCAAAGUUCAAAGCUGCCAGACUGCAGCAGAAAAACUAGGGCUGCCUAGAAAGUGGGAGUUCACCUCCUAAAACCUAGUUUUGCAAGUGUUUAGAAAAUGUAUAGCAAAAUAUGUUACAUGUAAUUUGAAGUAAGUCAUCCUGAGUAAAUUUGGCACCAAGUUCUCUUACUCUAUCAGUGGUAUUAAAAAGAAAUCAAAGUAAAUAUUUAAAUACUUUUAAUUUUCAGCUUGUUUUGUUAAUUCUCUGAAUACCGUCAACACUCAUUGUUUAGGUUUGCUGUGUCAUACGGUAGCAGCAUUUUGAAUUAUUUUUCAAAGAAUGCUGUUCAUAUGUGUUGUUUUUGUGUUUCAAACUAAAUACUGGCAGUUUUGUUCCAGCUGUGAUAUUGUGCACACCAUAUGGACCAUUUUAAAGAAACUUUUAAAAUUUCAAAUAGAUUCAACAAUUAUAUUACUUGCUUUACCUUUUUAAAGGCACUUUAAAAAAAAAAUCUACUUCUUGUAGGUUUUGCAGCUAGGUGGCUAUUUAAAAAAUCUGUCCCUGUUUGACUGACUGUUAUUCUAUAAUCUCUAUGGUAGAAAGCUCCAUGUACCCAACAGAAAGUUUCUUUGGUUGAAAGAACGGUAUUUUGUAAAACAUUUUUUUUUUUUAAGUAAAAAUUUUAUGAAACUUUGUCUCUAAAAUGUUGUGAACUUUAUGAUUCAGAAUUCAAUAUAGAAGUGUCUUUCAUGUAUAUGCUACAUGCACCAUACAGUGGAUCCUUGAAUUCUUAUGAUUCCCUAGGCAAUUCUCCCCUAGUGUGUGCAGUUUUAAAUGGUGUUUUAUUUUGGGAGAGAAGGAAAGUUGUCUAGAUAGAAAUACAUAAGUAAAUUUUCUUAAAUCAGAAAUUUUAUGUUUUAAUCUUCUGAACAUUUUUGUUCUUUAAGGUUACUUUCCUACUAGUAAAUAAUUGAAUAACAUUUGCUUUUGGCAGAACUUCUUAAAAUAAAGAGAAAUUUAUUGUAACAUUGAAAAUUACACUUGCAAGUGUUAAUCAUUAGUUUGAUGCAUGCUAAAAUGUAGCUUUUAAAAAGCAUUCUGCAUUAGUACUAAAAUAGCCAUCAAUGCCAGUCCACCCUCUAUUCAUGGCUAAAUAUUUAAAGGUUAUUUAUAGCUCUUUAAUGAAUUCUUGCUUAAACAAAGUGAAAUUAUGUCCUAGAAAAGUAGAAGCUAUUUGUAACUAGAGCAGCACAACUGUAAAAAUUUUAUGAAUAUGUAUCUUAGUAAUAAGGGGAUGAGCCUGAAUCCCCACAAGUUAAUGGAUAAUUCAGAACAGAGAACUGAUUUUAAAAGAUUGCCUAAAAAUGUAGGUUUUUUUCUUCAGUAAAUUUUGAUCAAUUGUAUAUAUUUUUAGUUGAAAACUUUUUCGCUCAGCACCCCCCCCCCAACAAAAAAGGAAAAUAACCAAGAGUAUAAUCCCAUGCACACAAAAGAGCCCACAGUUCCAACUGCUUGUCAGGUGACCCUUUCUCUGAUUUUCCCCCAGAAACAGACUGCAUUACGGGGUUACUGUGGUGUUCUUUACAGACAUGUAAUUUCAAGAGUACUGUCAUUAAAUAAUUUUUCAUGUUUUUCAACUUCA